ACCGCCGGGGAGGAAGCCAUGUGCACCGAGGCUGGAGGGUGGAAGAUGUCUUCAGCGCCCAGCCGAUCCUGGGGCCCGAGGACCCGGCUCCACCUGUCGUUGGGGCCUCAGUUUCCUCAUCAGUGAGGAAGACUCACUGAUCUAUGCAAUUCCGGGGCAAGACUAAACUAUUUCAACAGCAGUGGCAGGUGUGGAGCAAACCCCGUCCUUCUGCGAUACAGGGUGUGGAAGCUCAGCGCUACCAUGUGGGUGUCGCCGGGGGGGAGGCCGGCAGACACAAGCAGGCAGAACAAAGGCCUGCGCCCUCCAGUCCACUGAAGUGUAGCCGUGGGGAAGGAGCGAUAGACUUUCACGGCAAAUUUCAACUGGGCUGGGGGGGGUCCACACAUUUCAUCUUGAAGAGGGCAGCGGCCUUUACUGCUUUGUAGGGGAAGGAAAGGUCGCGUCCUGGCGUGCAGCUGGGGUCGCUCUUCACAGUUGGGUCGAGUGACGGUGGGGGCCGGGGUCAGAGGUCUGGAGGGCGCCCCCCACCCCGUCUUGGGCACCCCCACUUAAUGCUGGCAGUGAGUGGAGCGGACCAAUCCCAAUUGCAGCUCCCAGGUUGCCCAGAACCCCGUCGCGACCCACCCCCACCCCGACCUCACCUGUGCGCCCCCAAGCGCCCUCACCCCGACUGCGCCUGCGCCUGCGCCUCCCGGGCGAGGCGAGCAGGCCCGGAGCUGCUGGAAGGCAGGGGCCCACCUCGCGCGCGCAGCGUUUCUCUUUUAAGAAGAAACGGUGCUUCUCGGCGUCGGCUGCGGUAUCCCGGAACUGAGGCCUGCGCCCCAGAGGGAGGGGCGAGUCGGAGGCCGACGGCGUGCGCCUGCGCACUGGGUGCCCCGCGCAACGCCCGCCGGGAACCGUGGUUCCCCGACCCGAGUCGCCCGCGCGUGUCACGGAGCCCCGCGGCAGUUGUGGUUGCGUCGCUUCUGUGUUGCCGCCCGCAAACGUGAUGCAGAACCAGUCACUUUGAAAGCCAGCGGAGCCCUCUGGACCGCAGAGUCCCACAGUCACAGCCCACUUCUGUUAGCAUCAGAAUUCCUCCUCAAAGUCGCCGGCAUUCUCUGUGGACUCUCGCUUCCCAUCCUCUUCUCUUCAAACGGCUCUGACGGAGCUUUCCUCCCCGCCCAGCCACUGCAGUGGCGCUCCACAGGGUCACUGGCGACGGUCAUCUUGCCACAUAGCAGCUGUCAGUUCUGUCCGCCUCCCUGCCCUAGAAAGAGCGCGACUAUGUAGCUCGCGUCUUCGUCAACCUUAUGGCUCCCUCUACAUUUUUUGGCCCCAGUUUUACUUCUCUGACUUCCUAUGCUCCUGGUUUUCCACCCUCCUCACUGGCUCCCUCUUUCCUUUUUUUGGAUCCAUUCCCUCUGUUCUGCCAAAAGAUGAAGUGUGCCCUGGCUCAGGCCUUGAACCAGAUCUUCUCUCGUCUGCAGAUGUUCUCUUGGGUGAUCUAAUUAGGUCCGUGGAUUUAAAUACACGAUGGCUCCUAGCCUAGCCUUCUUUCAACUCCAGUCAUAUAUCUUACUGCCCGCUUGACUUACCUGUGUUAACUGAGCUAACACAUGUAACGAAUUUAGGACAGUGCCUGGCAUGUAGAGAGCACUGACACAUGAUAGCUGAUUUUUCUCCCACAUAAAUAUGGCAAACAUGUAACAAUAAUGCCUGUACCCUCCACCAUGUCAGUAAAUGAAGGCAUCAUCCACCCCCUUGCUCAGAAAAAAAGGGAAUCAGUCUUGAUUAUUUGCCUUUUAUGACACCUAAACUAUAUACAUCAGCAAAUCUUGUUGGUCCUGUCUCCAAAAAUUUAUCUUAAAUCCCAUCACUUCCGACCCUCUCAAUUGCUAAAACCCUACUGCAAGCCACUGGUAUUAAUUUUCUGUAACUGUUGUAAUAAAUUGUGUUGUUUUCAGCCACAAA